AUGUCUUCGGCUGCCGACUCGCAAGCCUUUGAGAUGAGUCUGCGCGACCAACUCAUCGCAGCUCAGAACAACCAUGCCCCUCCUCAACCACAGCAACCCCACCAUGCUCCGACGAACAACUCCUACCCACCUCAUCAACCUCACCAGCAACCCUUGCACCAUCACCACAAUCCAGCCAUGGCCAUCCAGCCGUACGCCAUGACCCACGAGAGCCCCGAUCUGGCCAUCCCUCAUGCCGACCCCGCCAACCCCGCCAACACCACAGGACCUGCUACCGGCAAGAAGGGACGAGCCCAGCGCGAGCUUUCUAACACAAAGCGCGCUGCUCAGAACCGUGCCGCUCAGCGUGCCUUUCGUCUGCGCAAGGAACAGCACAUCAACAAGCUAGAGGAUGACGUCAAGCGCUAUCAGAUCAUGGAGGAUAACUGCAAGACCCUGCAGCAUGAGAACUUGGCCCUGAGGAACUACAUCACCCUUCUACAGUCCAAGAUGACCGACAAGAACAUCGGCUAUCCGCCUGUGCCUGAUCAGGCUCCGUUACGAUCCAUCUCGCUCUCGGCACCCGACCAUCAGCAAGACCACCAGGACCAAGACACCGCCUAUCACUCUGUGCUCGACCAGCAACCCGUCCAGCACCAUCUUCAGCACGAGCAGCACCGCUAUCCUGAUCCUUCUUCACCACAGAGCCAUGCAGCUUCGUCCAACGUCUAUCCUCAACCCACUCAUGACCAGCACCACCAUCAACAUGAACUUGCCAUCAGUGCUCCGUCUACCCAUCAAGAAGCUGCCAGUGACUCUCUACCUGCUGCAGCUAUCAGUCAGCUCCAAGCCGCUGCGGCUCAAGCAGGUAGUAUGGAUCGUCCACACUCGACAUCUCCUACACAUCACGAUCAGCACCAGCAACCUUCCCCUCAGGAUACUCAAUACGUGCGCGCAAGUGAGUAUCCUGCCCACAAGCGUCCCAGAGUUGAUCCUCCUCCUCACCAGACACAGGCACUGAGUGACAAGCCAGGCGCGUAG